AGUCUGUGGUGGAUACAGAAUGGGGCUACGAUCAAUAAAGAUAUUAUGCUAUGCUGAUGACGUAAUCUUGAUGGCGGAUAACGAGGACGACUUACAGAGACUGCUAUAUAGGUUCCAAACAACAGCCGAAAAGCUUAAUAUGCAGAUAUCCUUGGAAAAAACUGAAUCAAUGGUCAUAGCAAAAGAGCCUACAAGAUGUAAAUUAGCUGUGAACGACAAACCUAUUCACCAAUGUAUGCAAUGCACAUACUUAGGAGUCGAGAUCACAAGUUCCAAAAACUUACAACAAGAAGUACGAACACAAGUAAAUAAAGCCUCAAGAACCUCUGGCUACCUCAGGGACCUCAUAUGA